AAAAAAAAAAAAAAUUCUCCCUUCGCUGAGACUGUCUUUACAUCAGUCAGUGUCGUUCUCAACGGUCAUAUAACAAGCCUACACUCUCAAUAGAGACAGUGGGAAAAUGCUGGUGCCUUUCAGGUUGUGAUAAAUUAAGAGCGAUCCAGGGCUUGACCAGGACUGGUCUUUUACAAAGGGAGAAAAGGAGGUUAUGUUACAGAACAGCGUUUUGAUUAAGAGCCUGAUUCCUCUUCUCCUGCACUUCAUUGUUAACUAUUCAAGUUCACUCCCCACACCUCUAAACAUCUCAAUGCAGUCUGUAAACAUGAAACACAUCCUGAUAUGGAGCCCUUUGCAGGUGCCCUGUUCCACUGUCAACUAUACUGUGCAGUAUCAGGGGGAGUAUGAGUUACACAAACUGAAUGGAACUUGGGUGGAUGCAUAUGACUGCCAAGAGAUUAGUGAAAGCAAGUGUGACCUGACUUCUGACCUGGCCGCCAACACUGACUACAACAUCCGCAUAAAGACAAAAUGCGAUGGCCAGAAAUCAUGGGCACAAUUACCAGCAACCUUCAACAGGAUAAAUACUGUGCUGUUGGCUCCCAAAAUUAUGGUAGCUGUGGAGGGGGACAUCAUCCAGGUUGGCCUCAGUACAACCCUUCCUGAUAUGACCGUAAACCUUCAAGUCUGGAAGGAGGGGGACGAACAGAAUGCUUUACUUCAUGUGAUCAGAGCUUAUCCCUAUCAUUUUUCCAUCGCUGCUCAUCGAGGGGAAGAGAGGAUGUGCUUAAAGGCAGAAACACUCGUGGAGGCCAUUAACAAGAGCUGCAGCACUGACACGCAGUGCGUCUUCAUUCCUAAGCAGACAUCUGACUUUGUGAAGCCUGUGAUGGUGAGCAUAGCUGUGGUGGUAGCAGUUGCCAUUUCCUGUAUUUUGGGUUGGUCAGCAACACGUUUUGGUCCACAGAUCAAACAAACCAUUUGCCACAGAGAGCCCCUUCCUAAUGUACUGCUUCAUGACUGGCCCACCAGCACACCCAUUCUCUGUACAGAUUAUUCACUGGAACCCACAGACCCACUUUUGCUGCUCCACACUGCAGAGGGUCAGUGUACUGCUGAAAAGGUGGAGGGAACGGUCUGAGUGAGGCGGAGUACAGAACAUGAGGCUGAAAAUCAAACUCAAGAACACAGUUACUUGAGCAGUUAUGUCUAAGAGAUCAUGGUGUAUAGAUGGACUGCUGUUACUAACUGUUGUUCAACCCAAAACAUGACAUUCUAUGGUAUUUCGCUUAAAGAAAAUGUAACUGAGAAGAGAAGUUUUGGGUCAGACAUUUGAUUUAGACCAACUCUUGGUGGAAAAAGGGACAGUUGGAAGAUUAACCUGUUCCAGCAGAACUCAAAAGGAGCAUUGCGGUUCAGGUUGCAGACAGUACACACAAAAGUUACCAAGGUUUUUCCCUUGUUCAAGAAUGAAGAAUGCUAAAGUAAAUAAUCUAUGUUCUUUGGUAAUGAUUUGGGUUGAAUGUUAUGAAAAAUAAGGGUUAAAAAGGGUUGAUGCCGGAAACUCACAGCUCCAAGUGAUGGACCCAGACGUCCUGUAGCCAUCUUAAAAAUGUAACUGACAAAUGUGGAAAUAACACCUUAGGAUGAGAAAAUAAUUGUCAAAAAAUGGAGAAUGGAACAGAAUUGUAUGCACCAAGGAAUAAUGUACUUUCAGUUGGUCAUUAUGACACAAUAAACCCCAACAGGGAGACCAGGACCCUAACUGGAAACAGAGGAGUUUUGUAAAACUCUGAAGGGUUUUAUUUUUAGCGAAAAUUACUUGCUGACAGUACAUUAUCCCACUUAUUACAUGGCUACUUAACAAAUAAAUCGAUAC